AUAAAUUAAAAGGUCAAACGAGAUAACAGUCACUGCACACACAGCGCUUGACUGGACAGCUUGAACACACAGAGAGAAUUUCAACUGCAAAAAUGAGAACACUCGCGUUCCUGCUCGUGUUUCAACUAUGUUGCUUGCUUGUGGAUGGACUCUUCCUUCCAGAGAGACGAAACACUCCUGCGGUAAGGAAAUCUGGGCCACUGCAGCCGGGACGGAAUGAUAGAAUUAGGGUUAGGGUGACUGCGCCGAAAUAUAUUCUACAACUUUACAAAGAAAAUCUGAAGCAUGGGAAAAGUGUGAACAACUUGCAUUGUAUUUUUCCAAGUAAGUUUUCAUUUUGGGAACCGUUCGUUAAUUACACCAGGGGGUUGUCGGUUGGGUGACCAUACUUUAAAGAGUUCUAUCAGUUUUCUUCAGUAAGGGCUGUCCCUUUCUAGUGCAAUCUUGCUACAGAAGAAAUGUUUAACUACUAAACUAACUUUAUUUAUACUGGAUAGCUCUAUCAGUUCUAAACUGUUCUCCAGGUCCAGUAAGAAUCAUCUCUUAUUGAUUCCAUGUUACUAGAGGAGGAAAUCUAAACUAAACUAACUUUAUUUAUACUCGAUUACUCUACAGUUCUAAACCGUUCUUCUUAGAGGUCCAGUAAGGAUUAUAUCUUGUUGUUACCACAGGAUGAAACCUAAGCUAAACUGAUUUUAUUUAUACUGGAUAGCUUUAUCAAGUUCUAAACUGUUCCCCAAGAGGUCGAGUAGAAGGAUCAUCCCAUAUUAAUGCAGUAUUACGACAGGAGGAAACCUAAAGUAAACAAACUUAUUUAUUCUGAAUAGCCAUAUCAGUUCUAAGCAGAGUUCUUUCAAGAGCAGCCCCAUAUAGGAUCACCCUUUACUGGUGGAGUGUUAGACCAGCCGCGCCUCAACCCCUAGCUACGCAGGCUGUGUUAGCCAGGGACUCGGGAUAGCUCUAUAUCAGCAGUUCAAACUGCUCAUUCUAGAAGUCGAGUAAAUGAGUAAACAUGUUUACAAGUAAGAUUUUUUUCCCACUUGUUAUCCGGUAUACUGUUACGCAUGGAUUCCGCGCGGAAAAGGUGCGUCAUGGUCGGUGUAGUUGCGACGCUACGCCAAACCGAAUGCAUGUCAACGUGCACUUAGUGGCGCACGCAAAGACGCAAUUCAUGCAAUGUUUGCAAUACAGGAACUUUGAUUAAGAGUAUUGGCGCCAGAUAGCGCAGCGUUUAUUCCUGUUUACGGAUCGUUUAUUGCACUUAGGGCAUAAACAGUUUGUGAUUGGUGUCGGUUUACGUGCAAUUUGCCCUGUGUUGCCUAAAGCACUAUUGCAUAAUACAGAUUAAUAGUAUGUCAAAUAAAUUGGGUGGUUUAUGAAUGUGUAUUCAACCUGGUUUAGUGACUAUCAAAGUUUCUGUGAUUACAGUAUAGGAAUUUUGCGUGGGUAAAUUCUAAGUUUUGAAGGAUUUGUAAGAAAUGUUUAAGGGAUCUGACUUAGUGUUGAACACUGAAUCAAUUCCUUCAAACAUUUCUUACAAGCCCUUCAAAACUCAUUAAUAAUUCAUGAAGAAAACACAAAGAAAAAUCAUAAGAGUGUCGUAUGUUUAUAUGUGAUAGAGAUUUCCCUUGAUUCACAUAAACUUUAACUUUGCUUUUCUCGACUUACACAACGUAUUUUAUGAAAAUUACUUCGCCAAUGAUUCGAACUUACUAGAUCGAACGUUUUUGGAGCAAUUUAAAACAUUCGCAGUGCGUGUUUUAUCAGACCUAAAGAUACUCGGCUUCGCCUCGUAUCUUUAUAUCUGAUAAAACACUGCUGUUCAUGUUUUAAAUAGUACUUCAAAACUUAGAAUUUGCCUGCGGCUAUGGCCUAUGCAGAAUUCCUAUUGUGAUCACACAAACUUUGGCUAAAAUAUACAUCUUGUUUCUGUCUAUAUCUUGCGUUCUCAAGAUCUAUCAUUUUUCGAAUUUUGUUAAUUGCUACUUGAUUUCCUUAAAUUGUCGGAUAGUUUUGGCUUAUAUAUUGUCGAUUUCUAGAAUAAUACUAGAUUUCAGAGAAAUAUCAAAUAUUUCUUGACGUUAUUUCAAAUCCAAUUUACGCAAACGUCCUGCUCUGGUGCCUGAGCGGCUGAAUCAAAUUGGAAAACUUAAGAGUUUAUGAACAAGGAAUUAAGUCUUAAUUUCUUCUGACGCAAAUUUUCCACCUAGUUAACAACACGCACUAGAUUUCUAUCAGUACGCUAAUGUGAGAGAGAUUCCGCAUUAUGUGCUUCAAACGUAAAAGAACUGAUGAUUCUUGCUGGACCUCUAGGAAGAACAGUUUAGAACUGGUAGACUGCUAUCCAGUAUAAAUAAAGUUAGUUUAGUUUAGGUUUCCUCCUGUAGUAUCACUGGAUCAAUAAAAGAUGACCCUUACUAGACCUCUAGGGAGAACAGUUAAGAACUGAUAGAGCUAUCCAGUAUAGAUAAAGUUAAUUUAGUUCAGGUUAGAGGCUAGGAAUGACAGAGCAAUCCAGUAUGAAUAAAGUUAGUUUAGCUUAUUUGUUAGUACAAAUGUACAAUCGUGUGUACUCGCGUGAUUUAAAAAGUGCUUCGAUAAUCCCAUGCAAUCCAAUAAACACUUCAAAGAAUCCAAUUAACGCAGCUUUACGAAAUACUCGUCGACGAACUCCUUUUAAAGUAGCGAAAAUUGCACGGUUUUACUAGAAGGCCCUCAUUAUCAUACAUUGCGCAAAAAACUCAUUUACCACAAAAGGCGCCUAGAAACCAGUAAUUAACAUAAAGUCAUAAUUAACAUAAAAACGCAAUUGCGCAAAUGAAUAUCAAACCUAUAUCAAUCUGGCCCAUCACCACGCAUUCGAACCAAUCCAUACACGCCAAACGUUUUUGCCAUAACAUGCGCAAUUGUACAUUACUUCAUUAGCAUAGUUUGCGCGUUUGCACAAAUGACGCGGGCAUUAUCGCGUGCGCAAAUGUAGGCGAACUCUUCCAAAAUUCAAGUGCGCGGACUUCAAAGGCAUACAAUCCGACAAGGAUUUAUGGGCACAGGCAUGUUUACUUUGUCAGUUUUAAGGAACUAAAACGACAUUUCAACUAUAAUCUUGCUAAAUAGCGGAAAACACACUAGCUUUGUACUCACAUCGUCAUGGCUGUGCAACCACGAAUCUAAAUAAAGUGCGCAAAUUUGCACAAGUUUUGCGCAAGUUUGGUCUAAAAAAAGAACGCAUAUAAAAUGCGUCAUCAAGAGGUCAUUUGGAGACUUGUCAAAUGGAUGAACCUAUUUUAUGUGCAGACUAAAGUGUUGAUUCUCUAUGAAUCUAAGACUUGAAUAAACAACACGAAAAUAGUUUACGCGCGGAUUAUGCUAAACCUGAAUAUGGAGAAUACUUGAGGGGAAGUAAAUAUAUGUAAUCACUCAUAUACAUACCAAUAUGCCACAAGACAUUAGCAAUAAAAUGCAAACUAUAAAUUCUCCAGAUUGCGCGCAUUAAACAGUCCAACUGACUCGUUGGGAAUUUGAACUUUAGGGGUCAAAUCGUUUUGCUUCACAAAUGUGUGUGUGUGAAAAACGGUAUAAAAAAAUUGCGCGAAACUCCGCUGUAUAUUGGCAUAUUGCAAACAUUUUUGGUCAUAUCUCCUGUAAUUUUGGACAUGACUCGAGGCCUAUUAAUAAAUAUUUUGUUUGGAUUGUAGCUUAAAUCAACAAGUUGCGUCUGGUCAGUGGUCACGACAAUCACACAUCAUCAUCCAAUUAAUUAGGAACUAAAAGGACAAGACUAUGCGCAUUAUCUAGGACAGGUUUAUUGGCCAAAUUUUCCUUGAAGAAAAAGUGUUUCUAGUGCGGAAAGGCCGACCAGUUCACUGACACCUUGCUAAGAAUUUAUCAGUAGAUUAUAAGAUGGACACUCCGAGGGGGUUGAGAAAUUUUGUUUUAAGAGCUCUAGGAUUGUAGAUCCUGUGUUUUAUAGGGACAGUUUUACAAUACGUUGCCGUGGUUUGGGUCUGAUCUGAAAAACAUAUCUCAUGGGGGUUCAGAGAAGAUAGUAUUCUAUAAUAAGCUGUCGUGGUUAGUGUCCAAAUGACCUUCAGGAAUCUUACUUUAGAAUAUACUACCUGCACUGGACCACUUGAGAUAUCUUUUUCACGUAGUUCAGACACAAACCAUCGCAAAUAAUUGUGGAAUACUACCUACACUGGACGACCACGUUUGAGAUAUAAUUCUAAAUUGAAUUCCGCACUAACAAUUCAAAGCCAACAGACCGAUAAAAUAUGGAAAUAAGUUGUUUAUGUUGUAAAAAUACCAAGAUCGGAAAUCCUGUUUGGUUAGUUCUAAUAUUUUGUUUAUCUUCGCGUUCUUUGUACAUGCGUCGCGCACGUAUGAUCUGAUUGAAGAGCAGAAAAUGUUAAUGAGUUUUAAGCCGUAAGAAUUCUGUAUCACUAUUCAGGGCACGCGCCCUUGCUGGACUUCUAAGGGCACGGCGUAUGGAUUGGGGAAAUAUUCCAUUUUAGGAAGAAUGGGCUUGUUAGAUAAGAAUCUGCAGCUCAUAUGAUUUUUGUCAUUCCAACAACUGCAGUAAACUGAUUACCAAAAAAGUUCUCCUUGUAUUUUCAGGUACUGUUGUAUCCCUAUCAAUCCACAGAUUUCUUGUUAAAAUGAUUGCACUCAAUAUAGAGCGGACUCAAGCCGGAAUGAACUGAGAUUAAAAACAAAAUGAGAUACAGUAAUUUGAGUAAUAACAUGAUGAUAAACGAACUGUGAACAACAAUUAUAGUUCAAAUACAGUAGUCAAGUUCAACAUACAGUCAUACUGUAUAGUUCAACAGUUUAAAAUACUACUAGUAGUCAAGCAAGUACUGUUGUGUAUUGAUUGGCGGGCGGCGCACCUGACCGACACAACUCUGCACCAUUGCUGGCAGAGCACCCUCCCCACCACUACCACCACCACCAGAUCAUGCUGGAUCCAUCCCAUAAUACUUCUACGUACUAAUUGAGCUAUAUCGAGUCAAUAUUGCAAUCACCUCAGUUAUCUACUUCGAGAAAACUAUUUUCCAAUUCAUGAAACAGCGUCAAAAUACAUCCCAUUAAAGAGCGGGUGAGCGAACAAAAAAAAUCGCGAACGUGCAAACUAAACCCCACCCCCUCCCUCUUUAAUGGGGGCGGCCCUAAGGAAUAAAUGCAUCGUCACUUUGUUUGUUUUUAUUUCUCUUUUCCCAUACACUGUUAUUGCAAUCAUUCACGUUUGUUUGUUUUUUCUAAAGCUGGAAUACGAGUGAUUAAGACAUUUUAUAACACAAUGAUUUUGAUAGCCUUGCUAAAUACACCAUGGCCUAGACAGCUCGACGCUCGUACAUCGCCAGUAGCAAUCCUAUUUUUGGAGCAGAUAAGUUCGCCUACAUUCAAGAAUAUGUACUGUGCAUGAUCUAACCAUGCUUAACUCAGCAGUGAGUUUUGUACAACAUCAGAUCACUUUAAGAUCGCCCACAUUCAAGAACAUGUACAACAUCUGCAUGAUCUAACCAUGCUUAACUCAGCAGUGAGUUCUGUACAACAUCAUCAGAUCAUUUUAAGGUAGCCCACAUUCAAGAACAUGUACUACCUCUGUAUGAUCUAAUCAUGCUUAACUCAGCAGUGAGUUUUGUACAACAUCAGAUCACUUUAAGAUCGCCCACAUUCAAGAACAUGUACAAUCUCUGCAUGAUCUAACCAUGUUUAAUUCAGCAAUGAGUUCUGUACAACAUCAGAUCAGAUCUUUAAUUAAGGUAGCUCACAUUCAAGAACAUGCUUAAAAAAUUCAUUAAUAAUUCAUGAGGAAAAUACAAAAUAAAUCACUGCCGUGUCAGUGGUUUUGUAUUGUGAUAAAAAAUCAUGUUCAUUUACAUAAACUUUAGCUUCGAUUUUCUCGGCCUAGACAACGUUUAUUUUAAAAAUUGCAUUACCAAUGAACCCAUCAUGAGAUGGGUCGGUUUUUAAGCCAUGCAUUUAAAACAUUCGCAGUCAGCAUAAAGCACUGCUGCUCAUGUUUUAAAUAGUACUUUAAAAUCGCGUGCAGGUUAAUCUAAUUUUUCUAACUUCCCUUAUCUGCAACCUCACCCAUAUACAGUACCAUGACUACAGUCAAGUGUAUAGAAAAUUCUCUAAUUAAUAAAGCUGUGAAUGAAGUCAUCAUAAUUAUAAUGCAGAAAAGAUAAGCUAUGACAUGUUAACUACACAGCGCCGCGAUAACAACAGAUGGUCGCCAAAAUAGAAGACAUCCACGAUAUUUUUAACACUCGUAAGAAAUUUGUAAAUGACGUCGGGGAGCGCUUGUUCGGAGUAGUGAAACUUAUCUGUUUAAGAAAUAUAGAACGCGCCUUCAGUGAUACUGCAUUGCAUUUUUCUUGUUCCUAGGCUAAUACUUUCGCAAACAUAGAAUUUUCACAUGACCCUUGUACUGGACCUCUAUAGGAAGAUCAGUUUAAACUUUAAACCAAAUUUAACAAUCCAGUAUAAAUACAGUUCAUUACGUAUACGUUUCCUCCUUAACUGGACCGAUUGGAGAUGAUCCUUACUGCACCUCCAGGGAGAACAGUUUAGAACUGAUAGCAUAAAUAAAGUUAGUUUAGCCUUUAGGUUUCCUCUUGUAGUAACACUGGAUCAAUAAGAGAUGAUCCUUACUGGACCUCUAGGAAGAACAGUUUAGAACUGAUAGAACUAUCCAGUAUAAAUAAAGUUAGUUUAGUUUAGGUUUCCUCCUGUAGUAACACUGGAUCAAUAAGAGAUGAUCCUUACUGGACCUCUAGGAAGAACAGUUUAGAACUGAUAGAGCUAUCCAGUAUAAAUAAAGUUAGUUUAGUUUAGGUUUCCUCCUGUAGUAACACUGGAUCAAUAAGAGAUGAUCCUUACUGGACCUCUAGGAAGAACAGUUUAGAACUGAUAGAGCCAUCCAGUAUAAAUAAAGUUAGUUUAGUUUAGGUUUCCUCCUGUAGUAACACUGGAUCAAUAAGAGAUGACUCUUACUGGACCUCUAGGAAGAACAGUUUAGAACCGAUAGAACUAUCCAGUAUAAAUAAAGUUAGUUUAGUUUAGGUUUCCUCCUGUAGUAACACUGGAUCAAUAAGAGAUGAUCCUUACUGGACCUCUAGGAAGAACAGUUUAGAACUGAUAGAGCUAUCCAGUAUAAAUAAAGUUAGUUUAGUUUAGGUUUCCUCCUGUAGUAACACUGGAUCAAUAAGAGAUGACCCUUACUGGACCUCUAGGAAGAACAGUGUAGAACUGAUAGAGCUAUCCAGUAUAAAUAAAGUUAGUUUAGUUUAGGUUUCCUCCUGUAGUAACACUGGAUCAAUAAGAGAUGAUCCUUACUGGACCUCUAGGAAGAACAGUUUAGAACUGAUAGAGCUAUCCAGUAUAAAUAAAGUUAGUUUAGUUUAGGUUUCCUCCUGUAGUAACACUGGAUCAAUAAGAGAUGAUCCUUACUGGACCUCUAGGAAGAACAGCUUAGAACUGAUAGAACUAUCCAGUAUAAAUAAAGUUAGUUUAGUUUAGGUUUCCUCCUGUAGUAACACUGGAUCAAUAAGAGAUGAUCCUUACUGGACCUCUAGGAAGAACAGUUUAGAACUGAUAGAACUAUCCAGUAUAAAUAAAGUUAGUUUAGUUUAGGUUUCCUCCUGUAGUAACACUGGAUCAAUAAGAGAUGAUUCUUACUGGACCUCUAGGAAGAACAGUUUAGAACUGAUAGAGCUAUCCAGUAUAAAUAAAGUUAGUUUAGUUUAGGUUUCCUCCUGUAGUAACACUGGAUCAAUAAGAGAUGAUCCUUACUGGACCUCCAGGGAGAACAGUUUAGAACUGAUGGAGCUAUCCAGUAUAAAUAAAAGCUAAGCCAGGAUCAAACAAGGAUAUAAGAGUGUAUGAGAGUUGGCAGUCACGGUUGGUUAGCUGUUCUUAAUGCUUUCCCAACACUAUCAUGUAUUCUAUUAAAGUUAUGUUUUAAAAACAUAGUCGGAACACUCAUCAAACCUCUAGUUUGUAAAUCUAGAGCUUGAAAUGUCCCCUGUAACAAUGCAUGACUGUCAAGUCUCAUCAGUUUUAGUUUAGUUUUCCUUGUGGUAAUGAAAUCGAUAAGCGAUGACACUUACUGGACAUUUAAGAGAACAGCUGAGAACUCGGCUUUUCCAGUCCAAAGAAAGUUAUAGUAGUUUACACCACUUUCCUCCUAAUUUAUUUCCAGAAAUAAUGCGAACGAAACGAGCCAUCAAGUUAAUCUUCAAGAACAAUAGUUUUCAAGACAACAAGAAAUGGAACCGAGAUGAACUGCGCAUUUUCAUGACCACGGCCACGAAUUCGAUUUCAUCUUCAAACAAACCUUACUAUGUCAAAAUAUUUGAUUUAUACAGUCGCAAGAUGGUGAAUAUCUAUAAACUCUCAAGUAAAGCCUAUGGUUGGAAAACAAUCAAUAUUUCAGGUACAUUUCAGAAUCAAUUGUCUGCACGUCAUUGACGAAUAUGUCUCAGUAGGUUCUGACUUUGCUUUCGAUCACAACAUAGUGGGGCUUCGGUGGCCAAGUGGUUAGCGCACUUGCCUUUCACCUCUAAACGGCCCUGGGUAAACUAGGAAACAUUGUUGUGGAAACAUUUGUGAUUCUCGAUGUUUCCUCAAAUGUUUCCAUGUUUGCCCACCCGUGGAAACAUUGUUGCGGAAACAAAAUUUGCUUCCCGAGAAGCAAAAAUGCUUCCUAGCAAAUUCAGAAACAUUUGAUGUUUCCCUAUGUUUCUCACCAAUGUUUCCUAUAGUGUUUGCCCACUCUGGGAAACAUGGCGAAACAUUGGCAGGAAACAAUGUUUCCGCAACAAUGUUUCCUAGUUUGCCCAGGGCUUAAGGUUGCAGGCCCAAAUCCCAGUCAGAACUUUCCCAAUGCAGUCCAACCCAGUCCUCAUGUGAAAAGAGUAAAAAAGUCAACGUUGUGCCGGGGGUUGUGGGUUUCCUCCGCGGGUAUACUCCGGUUUCCUCCCACAGGGAAAGUUGACAGGAUGGGUUAGGUAAAAAGGCGCACAGUAAUCGGUAUAUGGUGCUGUGGUGACCCUUCCCCUAGUUGGAAAAAGCCAAAUAAAUAAAUAAAUAAAUAAAUAAAUAAAUAGUCUAUUAAGAUAUGAUGGUCUGGAAUCCCAGCAAACCUCAAAGCCACAAAAUAGAAGACCUUUGUAUCCCCGUGAUCAAUUUUCCAACUGUCAAUCUCAAACUAUCAUAAAUUUUUCUAGCUUGGCGAAGCGUCAAACCACUUCGGGACAGCAGGGGAAGAGUCGGACUGAAAAUUGUCGUUGUGUUAGGCAAGAGAAAGCUGAGAAUCAACAAGACGGCAUUCAGAAACACAAGAAACAGAGGACAAAAACCAUAUUUCAUUGAGUUUUUCCACGAAAAGGAGCAGCACAUCGACACUUUUCAAGCCAAAGGGAAGAGUUCGAGUCAAGUUGAUCGACCUAAGAAGAACAAUGCGUUGCCUGCGUCAAAAUAUGACAAGGCAAAACGUGAUUAUUAUCUUCCUUUUCAACGAUACGAGUCUGCACGGGCAUUAGACUAAUGGCGAUCGGAGUGAAUACAAGUUUUAUGGAGUAAACAAUACCAUGUUUUUGGUGACCCAAGGGUCUAUAAUAAAAAUUUCUGAACUGCAAACUUGUAUGACUGCCAUUUUAAUGGACAUCUAACUUACAUACUUAUUUUUUUAAACCGUCUAUUGACUAAGGUGUAUUCAAUAAUCCCAAUCCCGUCCAUAAUUUAUUUAUCUAUACCGCAACUAUAUACAAGAUCAGGUCUCAUAUAAUCGAUUCACUGCAUCAAAACUUGACAAUCUAUUUCAUCUAUUACAUAUACCAAUAUCAUCAGUACUGCAUAGCUCGAGUCUUUUUGCACCAGAAAUUUUGUGUAAAAUACGAUAUUAGUUUAUUUGUAUAGUAUCAUAAAAUACUUCAUGUAGAACGGAUGUGAACAAUUAACUACCGUGGGUUAUAAAAUACACUGUAUGUUAUUUCAUUAUAUAACUGUAAAUGAAUUAAAAUUAUUGCUAUUGAAUAUUGCUGUUCACUGCACUGAACUGUGCUUGUCAUGAAUAUUCCAUAUGCAUGCUUGCUAAGAUUCCAGUGGCGUAGCCAAGGUCGAAUGUUUUUUAUGUUUUUUUCGUACCGUUGUGCUAACAGAGUACACUAUCGCCUCGCAAUCAGGGGCCGGUUGUAUAAAACUCUUAAUCACUCGUGAUGUUUGGAAAUUUGCCAAAUUGGACUCGCCCCGGCGGCUCGUCCAAUUUUGGCAAAAUUUCCAAACAUCACUCGUACUAUUAAUCCCUAAUUGUACUCGCCAUCGCAUGAUUACCUAUACAAAUAGGCGCUUCUUAUUGAAUGACAUUUCCACUUAACUAUGAUUAACUUUAAUCACUUUUUUAAAUAACCGGCCCCAGGCUAUAGUAACAAAAAAUAAAAUAAAACCCACCCUCUUCAUUUUUUUUCAAAAAAGUGAUAAAUAGAUUAAUUGGCUUAAAUGAAAUUUUAGCGCGUUUACUGCGAUAUGGGAAAGCGAAAUUGAUAAACAUUAAAGACGAAGCAUUAGAUUUACGAAUGGAAAAUAUAAUUCCACCUACUUUUGCAAACGUUUUUGAUAUUUUUCUGUGAAGGCGGUUCUUAAUGUGUCAUCCUCUUUCAUUUUCUUUUCCAAUAAAGUUUCCUCCGAGGCCAUUUUAACCACAUCAAAAACUGGAAAGAAUCUG